AUGGUUCAACCUCACCAUCAUCCUCGUCGUCUCAGCCACCGCAAAAUAACCUUAACCAGAUACCUCCAGAAAAUCAGCCCAACAUGGCCACACGUUCCAAAGCAGGCUGAGUUCGUGAGAGAGGAGAAGGGAGGCGAUUUGACGGAUUGGGUGGUGUUCUUCAUCGAUCUGUGGUGUUUUGUGGCUGUUCUUCCUUGCUUCUUCUCUUUUCCUCUGUUUUCAAUCCGAUUUGAGGAAGAAUCGGUCUCUGGAACUAGUGUUGGUCGACACAAGUGGCUGGUGUCGACCGACACCAAGCGGGUGCGCUCGACACUGACCGGUUCAGUCCGGUUCAAUUGA